ACUUUCACACUCAGUUGCUAUUCUAUCGAACAGUGGGCACCAUGCUAACGCUCCUGGUACUCUUGUUCAUCGUCGGACUUCUGCUAUAUGCCAAGCUCCGCUGGCAUUAUAGCUACUGGAGCAGAAGGGGCGUGGCCGGAGAAAGACCCGUGUACUUCCGCGGCAAUAUGAGUGGGCUGGGAAGGGACCUCCACUGGACGGAUAUCAACCUGCGGAUCUACCGGAAGUUUCGCGGAGUGGAGCGCUACUGCGGCUACUUCACGUUCAUGACCAAGUCGUUGUUCAUCAUGGAUCUGGAACUGAUCCGCGAUAUAAUGAUCAGGGACUUUUCCAGCUUCGCCGAUCGAGGACUCUUUCAUAAUGUGCGGGAUGAUCCGCUGACCGGGAACCUUCUCUUCCUGGACGGACCGGAGUGGCGCUGGUUGCGCCAGAAUUUGACGCAGGUGUUCACAUCCGGCAAGAUGAAAUUCAUGUUCCCCAACAUGGUGGAGGUGGGCGAGAAGCUGACGCAGGCGUGUCGCCUGCAGGUCGGCGAGAUAGAGGCUAAGGAUCUGUGUGCCAGGUUCACCACGGAUGUGAUCGGCAGCUGUGCCUUCGGCCUCGAGUGCAAUAGUCUCCAGGAUCCGGAGUCGGAGUUCCGGCGCAUGGGCCGAUCAGUGACCAAGGAGCCCCUGCAUUCGUUGCUCGUCCAGGCCUUUAUGUUUGCCCAGCCGGAGUUGGCUAGGAAGUUGCGCUUCAGGCUUUUUCGUCCGGAGGUUAGUGAGUUCUUCUUGGAUACGGUGCGCCAGACAUUGGACUACAGACGACGGGAGAAUAUCCAUCGCAACGACCUGAUCCAACUGCUAAUGGAACUGGGCGAUGAGGGAGUCAAAGACGCGCUCUCCUUCGAGCAGAUUGCGGCCCAGGCAUUGGUCUUCUUUCUGGCCGGGUUCGACACCUCCUCCACCACCAUGUCCUUCUGUCUGUAUGAGCUGGCCCUCAACCCCGAUGUCCAAGAAAAGCUACGGGUUGAGGUACUCGCCGUUUUGAAUCGCAACAACAAAAAACUCACGUACGACUCCGUUCAGGAGAUGCCCUACCUGGACCAAGUGGUAGCCGAGACGCUUCGAAAGUACCCUAUACUGCCUCACUUACUGAGGCGUUCCACCAAGCAGUACCAGAUACCGGAUAGCAACCUAAUCCUGGAGCCGGGAUCUAAGAUAAUAAUACCUGUGCAUAGCAUUCAUCACGACCCAGAGCUUUAUCCCGAUCCAGAAAAGUUUGAUCCCAGUCGCUUUGAGCCAGAAGAGAUUAAGGCUAGACAUCCUUUCGCCUAUUUGCCUUUCGGUGAAGGUCCUCGAAAUUGCAUAGGCGAGCGUUUUGGUAAGUUGCAAGUGAAGGUGGGUCUUGUAUACCUCCUGAGAGACUUUAGGUUCAGCAAGUCGGAGAAAACACAGAUCCCGCUCAAGUUUUCCAGUCAAACUUUCCUGAUAUCCACCCAGGAGGGAGUUCAUUUGAGAAUGGACGGACUUGCCAGACCGUAAUAGUGGUCAUUUGAAAAUGUUUAAUUAUCUUGACAGCGCGAAAUAUGUAUAGGAAAAUUUUUAUCUACAAAAGACUGCAUUCCCAGAUUGUACUAAUCCAUACAUUAUACAAAUAAACACAAAGAAAUGUUCUAUUAUCAAAAAGCUUGUUUAAACAAUUAAAUAAUGAUAGAUAAAUAAAUUCAAAAGAGUUCAGUUUGAGAGAGG